AAAGAGAAAAAGGUUUAUAUAAAAAAGUCGUGUAAAGAAAAUACUAAAAAGGGAUUUGAAUUGAACAAUUCGCUUCCGUCCUCUAUAUGGUAACCGCUUCUUCUUCUGCUUCUUCUUCUGCUUCUUCUUCUUCUUCUGCUUCUUCUUCUUUAUACUCUGAUCAGAUAUUUUCCUUCUUCUUAUCCACUAAAAUUAGAACUCUGAAAGCAAAACAAUGGAGAGCCCAAAUGAAUUGCGAGAAGCGAAACCGGAUCUGGCCUCGAACGACUGUCUCAAUCCUUCUUCUCCUUCUUCCAGCGAUGCCUCAAGAUCAUCCGUUGACUCCACUCGUCCCGAUUCUUCACGCCAUCGGUCUAAUCCUUCCUCUUCUGGCUUCCGCUUCUCUAAGAGCAGGUGCGCUAUCUGCUUGUAUGAGAUCAGAAAGGAAGACGGGAAGGCUAUAUUUACUGCAGAGUGUUCUCACUCCUUCCAUUUCGAUUGUAUUACCUCCAACGUCAAACACGGAAACAGGAUUUGCCCUUUAUGCAGAACCCAGUGGAAACAGGUCCCCUUGUGUGAUGUUGACUCUGUCCCUGCCUUUCUUGCUCAAAGGGGUUUUGAAGAUGAUGAGCCUUUACCUCAAGUAGAGACCCAAUCCCAGAGUGAUACUUAUCCUUCCGACCAUCAAGCCCUCGAGAUUAAACUGUUCCCUGAAGUGUCCGCUCUGGCUAAACCGGUUACUCGUAGUGAUUUUGCUGUUCUUGUUCAUCUUAAGGCGGAGGGUGUGAGUGAUGAUGCUAGGCGCGCUCGAGCUCCUUUGGAUCUCAUUACCGUACUUGAUGUAAGUGGGAGCAUGGAAGGAGUCAAAAUGGAGCUCAUGAAAAACGCUAUGGGUUUUGUGAUUCAGAAUCUUGGUGAGACCGAUAGGCUCUCUGUCAUUUCCUUCUCCUCCACGGCUCGUCGACUAUUCCCUCUUAGACUGAUGUCUGAGACAGGGAAGCAAGCGGCGAUGCAGGCUGUUAACUCCUUGGUUUCUGGCGGCGGGACAAACAUUGCUGAGGGGCUGAAGAUUGGUGCAAGAGUGAUUGAGGAUAGGCGGUGGAAGAACCCUGUUUCCGGGAUGAUGCUUUUGUCCGAUGGACAGGACAACUUUACCCUUUCUCCUGCUAAGGUUCGUCUGAGAGCAGAUUACGAGUCUAUGCUUCCGAGUUCUUGCCGGAUUCCAGUUCAUACCUUCGGGUUUGGCUCAGAUCACGAUGCUGAGCUUAUGCAUACAAUCUCAGAAGUCUCUAGCGGCACGUUUUCGUUCAUCGAAGCAGAGACUGUGAUUCAGGAUGCUUUUGCGCAGUGUAUUGGAGGGCUUCUCAGCGUUGUGAUACUUGAACAAGUUGUUGAAAUCGAAUGUGUUGAUGAGAAGGGCCUAAAGAUAUCAUCCAUAAAAGCAGGACGCUACCGAAGCCGUGUGUCAUCUGAUGGGAGAAGCGCCAAAAUCAAUGUCGGAGACAUGUACGCAGAAGAACAAAGGGACUUCAUGGUGAUUCUUGGAAUCCCGUGCUGCGACAAUGGGUCUGCUGAAUCUGAAUCUCUGAAGUUGCUGAAGGUUAGUUGCGUCUACAAAGAUCCAAUUACGAAAGAGAUAGUCCGUGUAGAAUCCGGAGAACUAAGCAUCCAAAGGCCAAUGGAGCUAACAGGAGAAGAAGUGGUGUCCAUAGAGGUUGACAGGGAACUAAACAGGUUCCUUGUUACAGAAGCUAUGUCAGAGGCUAGAGUUAUAGCCGAUGGGGGUGACCUGAGCGCGGCGCUGGAGAUUCUUAAAAAGCGAGGGAUAGAAUUAUCCAAGACACUGUCUGCUCGGUCUGGUGAUACGCUUUGUGAAUCACUGUUGGCGGAGCUAAGUACAAUGCAAGAAAAGAUGGCGAACGAGAAGAUGUACCAAGGAUCAGGGCGAGCUUACAUGUACUCGACCAUGUCUUCUCUUUCGGCUCAAAGAGAAACAGCUUGUGGGAUGGGUUUUGGUAGUCUUCUUAGAGGGGCGGCGACCAGGGGGCGUGGUUAUCAGACGUCUGAAAUGGCUCGGAUGGUGAGCAAGUCUCAGAAGUCUCACAAGGAUCAAAAGCCCUAAACCCGUCCUCCUCUGAUGUGAUUGUUUUGGUUUGUACAACCUUUUAAGUAUUCUUAUCAUAUUUCUUCCAAGACGAAUUGGAUUUGUAAACUCUUAAUAUAAACAAGCUUUUUUUUUUUUUAACACC